GCUUCUCGCGUGAGCAGUGACGUGGCUCUCGCGCAUGUAAACACGGAGGGCGCUGGGCUGUGGGUCUGCCGCCGUUUACCUGCAGAGUCGGUGUGUUUGACGUCUGCGCUUGUCCGCCUUUCCACUCGAAACUGCAGUUUUAAAGGGGACAGAAGCCUCCGAGAUAAACUCUCGUUUUUAAUUAAUGCGUGGUUAAUUCUCUGGUUCAUCAGCAGCACCAGAAGUGCCGCAAAUAGCAUCAACAGAAAAACCGCAUCUGAAUUUAAGAGGCUGAAGGAAUCUACACCAAACGAGCUCUGUCUGAAUGCUGCGAAGACGAACAGAUUUUGUUCGCGCCGGUUUGAAUCCCUAUUCCUACACCAGGCUCCAGGUAGCCGUGUGUGAUUGGGGAGCCAUGGCGGAGGAUGGAUUUGAUCUGUGCGAGUGCAUCUGUUCCCACGAACAUGCCAUGAGAAGACUGAUAAACCUGCUCCGACAGUCCCAGUCCUACUGCACAGACACAGAAUGUCUUCAAGAAUUGCCCAGCCCCGGCAUCCCAGAGGGCGGUGAUCUGACGUUGCCAAUGAUCUUGAUGGGCUGGGUGCUUAUUGCCCUGGUCCUCUUCCUCCUAAGACCUGCCAGCCUGAGGGGCCCCGGUGCUGCUGGGAAGCCGUCCGGCCCGCAUAAUAAUCAAGAAAGAGAGCCGCCGAGCCCACCUGUGGACUAGCACCGGACCCGGAUAGCGGCGGACACAAAAAGCAGCCAAGGAUUGGACGUGACUCCAUCAGCUACCGUGACCCCCGAUUUAAACCUGCAGAAUGUUUACUUUUUGUUCGCAUUUCUUCCCUUAUUACCCCCCCCCCCGCCCACCCUGUUUAUGGUCUGGGUGAUUAGUGCGGUUCUUACCGUAGUAGUCUGUGCUUUAGGAUGGCAGAGGAAGAGUUUGGUGAUGCAAAUAAUGGCCACGGAUUGUUUUUUUUUUUUUGCAUUUGCACAUGCAUUUGGGAAUUGUGCAUGUGAUGGUAAGGAGGCAGAUCGGCAACUGUCAGGGAAAUGGACGACUCUACAUUCCGUUAAAUUGUUGGGUGAAAUUACUCUGUUACUGGGUGGUGCUUCAUGGACAAGAAAACUAACCAAUGAAUGAAAGCUGUUAGCUCCAGUCACCCAAACUCAUCAGUAAGACCCUUGGUUCCUUGCUCCGACUCUACCUCUUGCUUUACUCCAACAUUUGUGACGUUGUAGAUCAGGAAAAUGUUCCGGCUGUGAAUCAUUGGUCAGGUGCACAUAAAAGCUGAUUCACAGCGGGUCUUAAAACUAUCUUGCUGAAGAAUAGCAGAGACCGAGUUGUGCGAUGGUUUCUAUAGGAGCAUUAAUUUUGCCUUGCCUGCAGAAAUGAAAUCCACAGGCUGAGCAGCACCCCUUUCAGGUGUGGGUUUGUCAAACAGGUAUUCGGAGGCAACAGAGAUAAGUAUCUUGCCGAGUGAAAGAUCUGUAGGUGUGGUAGUCUUUCAAGGUUUAAGUUGAAAGGUUUCGACUGAGUGCAAUAACUUCAACAAAUGGCAUUUAAUUGUAUCUAAAGUAAUUCAUAGGUAACCUGUUACUAAUAUGUUACAUAUAUUCAAAAACGGUUGUUAUAAUAUGUUUGUCAAAGGUUUUGCUUAAAUGUAUUUACACUCAGAAGCAGUGCUGUAUGGGAAAUCUUAUAGGUAGUUACUUUUUGUGAUAAAACCCAUAUAAUCACUUGACUUUGGAUGGCGGUUACAACAGCUACACAAGUGGUGUGGGCAUUUGAGGCGUUUCUCAUGUCAGGGCAUCGCUGAUCGAUCUGCUGUGCCUUCGCUCAUAUUCGUCAUUUGUGAGUGCAGAAUAGCUUAAGAAGUUCAAGAUAAUACACGCAUAAUUCACUCAUCUGUCAUCAUGAACGCAUUACGCGUUUUGCAGUGAGCCUCAUUUUGAAGUGCGUCAUUUUCCCCACCACUACCUAACUAUUUUAAACCAGGGGCCGGAGGUAGCAGGCUUUGUGUGGUGAAGUUCUACGUCUCACGUGGUGUUUCUGUUUGUCUCAUUGGAACGUCACCUUCAGACUCUGAUACCUACAUAUGUGUAGAUACCUGCUGACCCCUUGUGCUGGGAGGGAGUAAAAAUGUGGAUUGUCUGGGGCCCUCCGAGGGCUGGGUUGGGAAACGCUGGUCUAAAGAAGGAAAAAAAAAACAGUGAAAUCUGCUACAUGGAUUUAGCUUUAAGCCAUUUUUCCAGUUUUUUUUUUUUUUCUUUUUCAGAAACGAUUGUUACUUGUUAAUACUCAAUUCUGUGACGAACCCAUAUACAUUUUGAUUUCCUUAAAGGAACAGCCACACUUUUACCUUCUAUAAUGGCAUCUUAUACUCAACGGCUUACUUUAUAGUGACACCGUUCAAAUACUUUAUGGCUGCUUGUUUGAGAUCGGUUGUCUUUACAGAGAAGUAGCUAACGUGUACUGUAAGGAAGGUUGUUGUGUGGACUUGCCAAACUUAUGGAUUUCUUGUACUCUAGAAAUCAUAUUUGGUGCCAUUUCAACUGUUUUUGAAGACUAUUGGGUCAUUGUAAAGGGCUUUAACUAUGCACUUUUCUGAACUUCAAAUAAAUUAAUAAAUUAUCUGAA